AUGGCAUCCUGCUUGUGUGAAUUGUAUAUAUGGUCUUUGAGAAACCUUUAUGCUAUCCCGGACAGUGUCAUAGGAUGUCACAGUUAUCAUGAUAAAGGUGAACUAGUAAAUAGUAAAGAACAACCAUAUUUUGAAGAAAAGCAGCAGUAUGUUGAGUCAAGAGAUUUGGUCUGGUCACCCAGAAAUAAAAGGCCAGAGAAACUGAAGGAUAACUUAAAGGAAGUUGAAGAUUUAAUGAGUCAGUAUCAUUGUAUUGACAUAAGAUGGAAAACAAAACACAUACUUCAAGUAAUCUUGAAUAAUGGUUGUGUCAUAUCAUUCGUUAUUACACAAACUUCAGGAGAUGUUGAAAAGAUUUUAUUGGACAAGUCAAUGAUUGGCAAAUUCUCCUCCCAUACAUUGUGCUGUUCUAAACUGACUGACCAAUUUAUGGUUGCUUCAUUUCCUGAUACUAGUAAGAUUGACUAUGUUUACUUCACAAAGCGACCAUCUUUGGCUGAGGCUGCAGUAAGGUUAGAUAAGUUAGCUAGUUGGGAGCCAAAAGUAAUGCAAUUAGAAAUACCAGGCCCAAAAGGUCGACGAUUGGACAGAAGAUUUUCCUGUAAUAUUCACAAUGAUCAUAUUUUGAUUUGGUGGAUGACAGCAAGUGAUGAAGCUUGGCCCUGGAGUCCAAUGUUCACAGACAAGGAGAGAGCCAAUACAGUUGUUCUUCAUGCCAAUGGACCUUCAGUUGAUGUGUUGUGUUUCACUAGAACAGAGAAUGAUCCACUUUACAUGACUUUUAGUCAGCUACAAUCCCAGCGAAUCUUAGCCAUUGAAGAAUCAAAAGGAUCUAGAGGGGAAACCAUUUGUUUUACUUGUAAAUAUGAUAUCAUUAGAGGCAAGAUACAGAGAACUUCUAUGACAGCUAUUCCUUUAAAAAGUCCUAUUGUUUGUCAGUGUAUAAGUCCAGGAGAAGAUAAAGUUAUAUUAGGGUGUUCUGAUGGUUCAAUAGUGAUGCACGAUGACCAAAAGAAACUAACACAAAUUACAAGAUGUUCAGUGAAACCAGCUUGUAUCUGUUGGCAUCCCAAUGGUACAGUGAUUUUGGUGGGAAGCAGUCGUGGCGACAUACAAAUAUUUGAUAUCGCCUUAUCUUGUCUGAAAAUUCAACUGGUUGAAGAAGAAAUAAAUCCUGAAAAAUACCUUCGUGUCAGCCGCUUCUUUCGCUUUCCACCACUAUUAAAUCUAAUGGAAUGGUGUCCUUAUGAUCCUAUUUCUACUGACACAUCUGACUAUGUGGAUUCUUUAUUUCUCUCCUUUGAUAAAGGACCACCAGUAUUGCUGCAGUUUCAUCUUGGAAUUCUCAGUCACGAAAGAUAUUCCCCCUCAGAGCUGGUUAAAGAGUACAUUAAACACCGACAGUUAGAUGAAGCUAUUAGUUUACUGACUUGUUUAAAUUGGGAUGUAGAGGGACAGACAUGUUAUUAUUGUUUAUCUACCAUUGUGAAUCAUCUCUUACGUCAACCAUUAAAUGCUGAGAGAGAAGCACAACUAGAAGCCACAUUGGCUACAUUCUAUGCUCCUAAACCUGCCAUUUCUGAAUCAAUUAUCUUUGAAUUUCGUGAUCCAAUAAGUCGUCUGGCAAGGAGAUUUUUUCAUCAUUUGUUAAGAUAUGCACGCUUUGAUAAAGCUUUCCUUCUAGCAGUAGAUAUUGGUGCUAAAGACUUAUUUAUGGACAUAUAUUACAUGGCUUUAGAUAAGGGAGAGACAGCGCUAGCUGAUGUAGCUAAGAAAAAGGCUCAGCAGUAUGUUGGAUUCAUUUCCACACUCGACUGGUCCUCAAAUCAAUCUUUGGAUCUUUUGCCUUCAAUUCUCUCUCAACAUCUCUAA